AUGAUGCUUUCGAAAAGUAACGUCGAGGGUAAAGAGUACGAAUGCGAACUCUGUGGUAAAAGUUAUCCUCUGUUCUCCUCCUUGAGCCAUCACGUCGAGACGCACAUCGGCGAAAAACUGCAUCGCUGCGAGGUGUGCGGCAAGGAUUUCUUUAAGAGCUGUGGACUUGAAGCUCACAUGAAAACGCACACCGGUGAAAGACCUUUUCACUGCGAUAUAUGCAGCCUCGACUUUGCUUGCGUAUUUACAUUGGAAAUGCACACCAAGACACAACACACUGACGAGAAACCUUUCCACUGCGAGCUGUGCGGCAAGGACUUUGUACUGCGCACCAAUUUGAAAAUGCACAUUAAAAUGCAUAUGGGAGAAAAGCUGUGCAACUGUAAAGUAUGCAAGAAAAACUUCCUGAUAAAUUCUCUCUUGGAAAACCAUCUUCAGAACCAGAAACAACAACAAAAGGAAAAACCAUUUUACUACGAACUUCGAGGUAAGGAUUACACCAUUCGCAUGCACUUUGUAUUAAAA